AUGUUUCGCCGAGUGAAAAGCCGCAACAAUCUCCGACAUCGCCUAUCAUCCAAUAUCGAUGAUAAGGAAGAUGAAAGUAUCACAUGUGGUAGCAGUGGUAGUGUUCGAAUGUUAUCAAUAGGUGCAAGUACAGCAGCUAUCAAGCAGAUAUCGGUCGACAGAGCGAUUCAACAACAGAAACAGCAACAAGCGGAAAAGGUGAAUAAUGCAGAAGGGACCCAGAAACCACAGGCUGGUGUGGUAACAGACGAGCAUCACUUACUCAGUUUUGAUAAUUUUGAAGGAGAUGACAUAUCAGAUUUCAAAAUCAAGCGAAGAGGUACUAAGAAACGUUUGGAGAAGUUAACAAAAAGGGCAAAAUUGUUACAAGAUCUUAGCGAUGUUGUAAUGGAAAAAAAUGAAUCGGUAGUGUGUGGUGUGCAUAUUAAACACGAAUGCGCUGAAGAUGAAUCAUCAUCGAAAAUAACACCCGGUUUUGGUGUUGAUUGCGCAGAAGAGAAAAAAGAACCGAAAGAAGAAAGAACAUGUGUGAAGCAAGAGCAAGUUUCUGUCACGCACAACAAGUUUCCAUCUUCAUUUCAAGGGGAAAUCCCAGAUGCAAAGGCAGUAUAUGAAGCAAGGAAAAAACGCGAAAGAAUGCGUUUAAUUGGUUCUAAUGGCGAAAUACCGCUGGAUGAUGUACAGCGGUUGAAAGACAAAUCUGUUGCACGAUCACGAUUAAUACGUGAAGACGAAAAUGACGUAAGUGAUGAAGACUCAGAAGUUAAUAGAUUUUAUUCAUUAAAAAGUAUAGCAGCCGAAGAAGAUCAACGACGUCGAGAUGAACAGAUGGAUUUUCUGGCUCAUGAAGGAGAAGAUAACGAAGGGGAUCAUGAACAUUCUGAUGAAGAAGUAACCCGAUGGGAAAGAGAACAGAUGAAGAAAGGGGUUUCAUCGCAUAAAGUAGAAAUGUUAGAACGUGAAAGAGCUAAAAUGGAAGCAGUGAUGAAAGCAAUAAAAAGCGGUAUGGAACUGACAUCCGAAAGUCGCGAACAACUGCCAAUGGAAAUGGAUAUAGAUUUUUCUAACUCAGAAACGCUUUCUGUGCCAUAUCUCGAACGAAUACCUGAGGAGACAGGAACAGUAUCGUUAGAUGAAAUUCUUAUGCAGCUCAAAAAACGCAUUACUGAUGGAAAGGAGUCAGUGAAUUUUCGGGAGUCAGAGUGUGAAAAAGUAAGCAAGCAGAUUCAAGAAAAUGAAGAAAUAAUUCAGAAACUUGAAAUGGAAGAACCGAGGAUUAACGAACGUUUUCAGAUUUAUCAAGAUAUACGGGCAUAUGCAAGAGACUUGCUGGAAUGUUUGUCAGAAAAAGUGGAUGAAGUUAAAAAUGUGGAAAAACAAAUGGCAGAAAUUCUUGAUAAUCGUGCUCGGAGACUUAGAAAUCGCAGAAGAAACGAUGUGCAUGAUAUGUAUGAUGAAUGUUCUGCAAUCGGAGGACGGCCAUGUCAGCCACGAGGAAAUGAAAUGUCUCAACGGGCUUCAGAACGAGAAGCAAGGAGAUCACGUCGUCGACGUUUGCGUGAAAAUACUUUAGAAGGUAUAGCGCAUGAGGAAGGUUUAAGCACCGAUGAUGAAGAGACACAAAGCGAAAUUGUGGCUCGGGAACAGUCAAUUAAUGAAAUUCGAGCUCUUGCAAAUGUAGUUUUUGUUGAUGCGCUUGAUGAUUUUUGUCGAAUUGAUCAAAUUUUGUCAAGAUUUGUUGAUUGGCUAUCUUGUGAUGAGGAUAACUUCACUAACGCUUAUAUUCAUUUGUGCAUCCCGAAGCUUAUUUCACUUUUUAUUCGUCUAGAAUUGAUUGAUUGGGAACCACUCGAGAGUGACAAGCGUCCAGUGAGUUCAAUGCGUUGGUAUGAAAACUUAAUAAAAUGCGCAGCAGAAAGUCAUAAUAUCAACACUGAGCAUCCAAUAAUUGUCUCACUUAUACCUCUGUGUAUUGAGAAGGUUAUUUUGUGGAAAAUUACAGGUGCAACUUAUGUUGAACAGUGUCUAUUGUCGGUUGAUGGUGUACAUCUGGUUCGCGAGCGUUGGGACCCUCUAUCUCAGAAGCAGUGCAAAAAUCUGAGUUUUUUACUAAAUCAGUUAAUUGAUGAAUGUCCAACUCUGGUGCCUACCAGUCGAUCAGUUCAAAAAUUAUUACACACUAUAUGUUUGCGUGCUCAAGAAGCGAUCGAUGAUGACUUAUUUGUUCCUAUCUAUUCAAGACAGUCUAUUGAAAAUCCAGCGACGGGUUGCAAAGCAUUUUUAGAUCGACAGACUUGGAGUGCUAUCAAAGGUUCUACGGAUCCUGCUUUUUAUGACUUACUUGUGUCCAACAUGUUUUGCACUUUCACUAUUAACCGUCAAAUUGAAUUGCAGCUGAUUCGUUGCUUAAAUUGUUUCUCCACCAUUUUAUCGGAUGAGAAAAUGCGAGAAUUGAUUUUGGAUGGUGUUAUCAAUAGAACAAUGCCUGCAUUACAGUGUGCAACAAUCUCAGACCAGUCUAUGAUCAGGAAGUGUAGAGCUAUAAUAAAAUUGAUUCCACCAUCAUGGAGCGAAAGCACAGAUUGUGUAGCGUUACGGAAUUUCAAGGAUUUAUUGGGGAAAGUUGCUGAGGAACAUAAGUACAACAAGGAAUUUGCCAAAGAAGUGAAGAAGUUUGUAAAUGUGAACAAAAACUUGUAA